CCGUGUUGUGUGUCGGAGGGAUGCAGCGGCCGGAGGGAGACUCCGGGAUCCGAUGGAAGCGGAACAUCGUCCGCCAAUUGCGUGACCGGGACCGGAGCCAACACACCGCCUUCCGGGACCUCGUCCUGUCCUACAAUAAGCUUUUGGAAAAGUCGGUUUUUCUGAAGGGUCUGACUGAAAAAAUCCAAACUGAACCCCUCGCUUCCCCCGGGACCCACCAUGCAACCAGGUCUCCUUCCGAUGUGUUCUGUAGUCCUGGAUCAGGUGACCUUUCCGCACUACAGAAGGAAAUUGCUGAAAUUAAGACAUCUAAUGGAGAGUUGGCGUUUGAAGCCUGCGAGCGAAAGAAACGAGUGCAGGAGAGAGAUGAUUGGCUGAAGAAGCAGAACACCAGGAUAGCGGAGCUCUUGGAUGAGGAGGAGACGCGUCGGGCACAGCGGCAGUGUCUGGAGGAGGAGGAGGUCUGGCUGGUCUGCGAGAACGCUGACCUGAAGGAGAAGUAUGACCACCUGCUGACCCAUCGCCUCUGGAUGGAGCAGGAGCUGCAAGAUAAGGAGAUGGAGCAGAGGGAAAUGAUCGAGAAAAUGACUACGAAGAAGGCCAUCCAGGCAGAGCAGCAGAACAACAUGAAUGAGAGGCGGUGGAAAGAGAUGUGGACGCGCACGGUCAAAAAAGCGUUAACGAAAACGCUUAGCGCUGAAGGAGACAUCCGGCAGCAUCGCUCUUCAGAUCCGCUGGAUUCCAGAAGUCUGGAUUGGUCCGGGAGCCUGGAAGGGGGAAAAAUGCAGCCCAAGAAGAACAGGUCGCAGUCUAUGAUCGCGUUGGGUUCCUCCAGAUUGCUGGGAGCCGUCAAAAAUUUGUUUGAUUUAAAUUUCAGGAGGGAUCAGACGGAUUGCGAGAUGGAAGAGCGCUGGUAUCACCCGCGCUCGGUGUGCGUCGCGUGCAGUCCACCUAGGAGAGCGCUCUACAGUAAGGAAAUCCAUGAUUCCGAGAUCCACGCGGUCAGAUUUAGUCCCAAUUCCAAGAUGGUGGCCACCGGAGGAGCAGACCGAAUGGUGAAGCUUUGGUAUAUCGUUGGAGGUCAGCUUCAGAUGCACCAAACCCUACAAGGAAGUAAUGGAGGAAUCACCAGUAUAGAAUUUGAUCCCUCGGGUCUGCAGCUCCUGGCAGCGUCUUUUAAUGGGUCGGCUCAUCUCUGGAAACUGGACGGUAGCUCCAAGGAAACUCUGACGGGACACACCGGGAAAGUGACGGCAGCCAAGUUUAAGAUGUCGGUGCAGCGCGCGGUCACCUGCAGCAUGGAUCGGACCAUCAGGGAGUGGGACCUGCAGAAAGCAGCCUGUAUCCGGCAAAUUCCAGUCUCCUCGUAUUGCAGCGAUGUUGUUUGUUCGGAUAUGUACACAAUCAGUGGUCAUCACGACAAGAAGAUCCGGUUCUGGGACAGCAGGUCAGAGAAUUGUGUCCGGGAGCUGACCCUGGAGGAGAAGAUCACCUCGCUCAGCAUGGGCCAGGACCAGACGCAGCUGCUCAGCUGUUCCCGCGACGAUGCGCUCAGUCUGAUCGACCUGCGGCGGGGCGAAAUCCUGCAUGCCUUCCGAGCUGAAGGAUUCAAAUGUGGCUGUGACUGGACCAAAGCAGUGUUAAGCCCGGACUCCAGUUACGCCAUGGCCGGAUCCUCGGACGGGACCAUCUUCAUCUGGAACACCCAGACAGGUCUGCUGGAGAGAAGCCUGAAUGGGGAACACAGUGCUGCCGUCAAUGCCGUGGCCUGGUCACUUUCUGGGGACUAUGUGGUCAGUGUGGACCGAGGGAGGAAAGCCGUUCUCUGGAGUGAAUAUUGAACCUCUUCUGUUUUUUCUCUACACUACACCCAAAAGGAAAAAAAAAAUUCUGACACAAGACAUUCUAUAAGAACUGCAAACACCACUAGAGACAUAACUACCUACCAACUCUGCCUUGCCAAAUCCAAUAGACUUCAAUGGAGCAACCUUACACUGUCUUCCAAUGUUCUUUGGAAUCAGGGGAGGGCUGGGCCGGGGGGCAGGGUGGCAAUUGCCUUCCAGGCCGCCCUGACUUAUGGCCGGC